AUGAAGGCACUUGUUCUCGACGCAGAAGCUCGCACAGCAAACCUUCAGGACGUAUUAAAACCAUCACCAGCUGAAGGCCAGAUCCUGGUUGAAGUGCAGGCCAUAUCGCUCAACCCAAUUGAUCCACUCUAUGUUGCGAACCCACUUGGCAGUACUGGUCGAACGGUGGGGAGUGACUUUGCCGGAACAGUGUCAGCACUCGGUUGCAAUGUCCCGUCAUCAAGCAAUCUGGAAGUCGGGGAUCGAGUCGCUGGCUUCCUGCAAGGCGCCUGCAGCGUCAAUGAGAGACCUGGCGCUUUCGCGGAGUACCUUGUCAUCGAUUGGGACCUGGUUUUCAAGAUUCCAGACAGCGUCUCAACCGAAGAGGCUUCCGGAGUCAGUCUUGUGGCCUUGACGGCCGCUCAGGGGCUCUACUAUCGUCUUGGAUUAGAGGCGCCCUUUGCGUGGGACAAGAAAAAUAUGUUAGCUGAGCACCCGGAAUUGGAACCCCAUCACACGGAGUAUGCAGACAAGUCGAAGCCCAUCAACGUCUUCAUCUACAGCGCCUCCACCGCUGUAGGCCUUUAUGGAGCCCAACUGGCCAGAUUGAGCGCCAAAGCCAGCGGCUGGACGAUCAAGCUCUUUGGCGCGGCAAGCAAGGCAAGAUGGGACAUGCUGAAGGCUGAGCCGUACAGUUACGAUCAACUUGUCGACUACCGGGACUCAGAUUGGUCAGAGCAGAUCAUCAAUCUCUCGAAAGGCGCAAGGAUGGAUUAUGUCUACGACUGCAUCUCCGAAGACAGCACAGUCGAGCAAGCAGCCUCCACCCUAGCCAGCAACGGCAAGAUGGCCAUCGUCCGCUCCCGAGACGCUGGCGCAUGGACUUCAGGGCCACUGCCAGUCGAGCCGAUGUACGGCGCGGUAUGGGAGGGCUUAGGUGCAGAUGUCCACUACGGGCUUGGUUCAAACCGAGCGCCAGUGCUGCGGUCACCUGCAGCGCGAGCUUUCGCGGUCGAGUUCUAUAAGUGGGUGAGCCAAGCCCUCGGGUCCAAACUGAGGCAUGUGCCGAUCCGUGUGAUGCCCGGUGGUUUGGAGAGAGUUACUGCAGAUGGGCUCGUGCUGCUGGGUGCUGGGACCAUGGAGGACAGGGAGCACAAGCGGACGGAGGAGUAUAUGAAGCCGGUCAGUGCGGAGAAGUUGGUGUAUCGAUUUGUAUGA